UUACAUAGACAAUAUAAAUAUUGCAUUGAGUGUAUCGAUCGGUCUACUGCCAGCUCACAUAGCGACCAGAGUCGAAUAGCCUACUGACGUAUAUAUACCAUUGUUGCACAUUCCUCGACCCGAUCAGAAUCAAAAUGGUGAUUGACCUUGGAACCAAGGCGGACUUUGACAAGGCCCUCAUAGAAGCCGCUGACAAGUUGGUGGCAGUUGAUUUUACCGCCGUCUGGUGCGGACCAUGUAGAAUGAUUGGCCCAAAGUUUGUGGCAUUCGCAGAGUCAGGAGACUACCCUAAUGUUGUCUUCUAUAAAGUUGACGUUGAUAAAAAUUCGGAGACUGCUGAGUCUGAGGAGGUAUCAGCCAUGCCUACAUUUAAGUUCUACAAGAACGGAAAAAAGGUCGAUGAAUUAGUUGGUGCAAGCGAACCGGGGCUCAAGGCUAUUCUGGACAAACACAAAUAAACUUUAUCACUAUACAAAAAUGUGUAACCGAGUUAGAUUAAGUGAAAUUGAUUAUAGGCCUACUUAUUGCCAGUUACCACCCUAUUUUCCUUAUCAGACUACCGGUGUAUAUCAAUUAUAAGGCAGUAAUCAUGUCAGAAGAGUGGGAAACAGCUUACGCCGACUCGAACCAAAAAAGAACAUUUUUCCUAAACAAAAGAAUCAGGAAAUAUAACAGAGAAUCGGAAAAUGGAACAAUUAGGCACUUUCUGCUAAUUCAUCCAAUAACAAUAGUAAUGAAUGCAAUGUUUGCCAUUGUUCUUCUAUCAAAAAGCUCGGCUUUUAAGAGAGCUGCUAAUUUUUUUAACCCAUGAAUGAAAUCAUUUUGAUGAUAAUUCUUUUUAACUUUACAUCUAGGUUAUACUGAAUCACUUUGGGCUUUUUACUCAUCCCACGAAGAUUCUUCUUCCCAUGUACAUCGUAGAACAAAUAAACAGUUCUAACCACAA